AUGGCUACAACGACAGUCACCGGUCAUGGGCGGCGGGCUUCUAUGCGACAACCCGAAUUGCAAGUACCGAACAAACCCUCGUCCUCUCAACACACGAGUAGCCCCAUCGACAAGUUCCCUCCCUACGAAGAUUCCUUGGACGCCGCCGUGGGGUCAGCGGCACCCGCAACCCGUCCGCAUCGAAGCCCCUCCGUGAAAUAUGCCCCAAACGAACACUGGGAGCCACGAAAAACUGCAUUUUACUCGCGAGAUCACCCCAAUGGAGCUUUGAGGAAUCCCAAACACCGACCCCGAAAGAGCAUCAGCGAGGCCAUUACCACCAUUCGUAACCGCAACGGCAGUAUGAGCGCGAAUGCGCAGGAACUCGCGGAAGCCCUCAAAGCUCCGGUGUCAUAUCGAUUGAUUGGUCUCUGUCUGAUUUGGUACCUGACCUCUGCGCUCACGAAUACGUCCUCAAAAUCUAUCCUGAAUGCCCUGCCAAUGCCCAUCACGUUGACGAUCAUUCAAUUCGCGUUCGUUUCGUUUUGGUGUCUAUUGCUCGUGUAUCUUUCGACAGUGAUUCCGUGGCUACGUCAAAGUGUGCCGGUUCUCAAACAUGGCAUUCGGUAUCCUUCUCGGGACGUGAUUUCCACCGCGUUGCCUCUGGCUGUCUUCCAACUGGCUGGCCAUAUUCUGAGCUCCAUGGCUACCUCUCAGAUCCCCGUUUCCUUGGUCCAUACAAUUAAGGGCCUAUCGCCCUUAUUUACGGUUCUGGCUUACCGAGUCUUGUUCCGCAUUCGGUACGCCCGGGCAACCUACCUCUCACUAGUCCCUCUCACCGUUGGUGUCAUGCUUGCAUGCUCCACUGGGAUCUCUACGAACUUUUUCGGAAUCCUCUGUGCUCUUCUGGCUGCUCUGGUGUUUGUCUCCCAGAACAUCUUCUCCAAGAAGCUCUUCAACGAGGCCGAGCGUGUUGAGGCCGAGGCUGCCAAUCCAGCCCGGCGUAAGCUGGACAAGCUUAACCUGCUCUGCUAUUGCUCCGGGCUGGCCUUUUUCCUCACAUUGCCCAUCUGGUUUGUGAGUGAAGGAUACCCUCUCAUCUCCGACUUCAUCCAUGACGGUUCUAUUUCACUGUCUGAAAAACAAGGGUCGCUGGACCACGGUGCCCUCGUGAUUGAGUUCGUCUUCAACGGCGUCUCGCACUUUGCACAGAACAUUCUGGCAUUUGUGCUUCUCUCCAUGGUGUCACCCGUCUCGUACUCGGUCGCCUCCUUGGUGAAGCGUGUGUUUGUGAUUGUCGCUGCGAUUGUGUGGUUCGGCAGCUCAACUACACCCAUCCAAGCUGUUGGAAUUGGCCUCACCUUUGUCGGUCUCUAUCUCUACGAUCGCAACAGUCACGACGACGUGGCUGACCAGCGCGCAAAUGCGGAUCACUUCCGUGCGCGCGAGGCCAUUCUACCCAUGAAUGUCCGACACUCGAGCAAGCCGUGGGACUCGAAUGGCUAUGCAUUCCCCGGUGCGAGGUCGUUUGAGACAUCAACCGGGAACACCUCCCAUGCGACCAACUCCUCUAAGAAACAGGAUGAUGGCCCUGGGCGCGUUCGACCUCGAGGAGCAAGCGUGAAUCGCACCUGGCUACCCGGGACGAAGCAGGAGUCAACAUGGCAGCCCGCCGAUUCUACCGCUGCCGCAUAG